AUGCCUUCUAACGACGGUGUCCUUGCUGUUGCUCGAUCAUUCCGCGUACUUGUCAUCGGCGGUUCUUAUGGAGGUCUAGCAGCUGCAUUGAACUUAAGUGACCUGGCGCGGGGUCGAGUAUGCCGCUUCGAAUCCAACCCUGAUGCAAAACCCCCUAAAUACCGUAUACCACUCCAGAUCACUGUUGUCGAUGAGCGCGAUGGAUAUUUCCAUCUGAUCGGAGCACCGAAAUCCCUUGCAUGCGAGAAAUAUGCUUCAGAUACAUGGAGGCAAUUCAAAGAUAUCCCGGCACUCAAGUCUCCAGAUUUCAACUUUAUUCAAGGCAGCGUGAACAAAGUUGACUGCGCCUCAAAGAUUGCGCAUAUACUCGAUACGGAAACACAGGAAAAUCGCACAGAGAAAUAUGAUUAUUUGAUCGCUGGAUCUGGUCUUCGACGUGUCUUCCCUGUUGUGCCACAAUCUCUCCGACGAGCGGAAUUUCUGGAAGAAGCCAAGAAACAUGUCGAGAAUUUGCGCAAUGCUAGCGAAGGAAUAGUGGUUGUUGGCGGAGGUGCGGUUGGAAUUGAGAUGGCAGCUGAGCUGAAGAUUCUCUACCCGCAACAAAGGAUCACACUCAUUCAUUCUCGAGCCCGACUGCUCUCAUCUGAGGACCUGCCAGACGACUUUGCCGAACGUGCUCUCGAGAUUCUCCGAGAGGAGAAUGUGGAGGUGAUUCUUGGACAGCGUGUUGUAGACACAACAGCCGUGGACUCGGGCAAUGAGAGGGUGUGGCGAUUGACUCUAGCCAAUGGGGAGAAACUCACUACUGGACUUGUUUUGAGUGCUAUUUCUAGAUCAGUCCCUACAUCAACGUAUCUCUCACCAGAAGCCUUGAACGAGGAAGGUUUAAUCAAAAUUCGGCCAUCGCUUCAAUUCUCCGGCGAUGUCCCUAAUGCAGAGCACCAUUUCGCAAUCGGCGACCUUGCAGAUUGGUCGGGUAUUAAGCGUUGCGGCGGAGCGAUGCAUAUGGGCCAGUAUGCAGCUCAGAACAUUCACCAGCACAUGCUGGCUGAAUGCACAGGGGAGAAACCGGAAUUCAAGACUCUGAACGCGUUCCCGGCAAUGAUUGGACUAGCGCUCGGUAAGAAGUGUGCUGUUUAUACUCCCGAUGAAGGUACCAGGGCCUCUGAGGAUCUCAUGGAUGUCAUGUUUGGGAAGGACAUGGGAAGCAGCAUAUGCUGGAACUACAUGCGUCUCGGCCACCCUCCCCCGGCUUGA